AUGAUGUUAAGAGAUUUUCCAAAGAAAAGAAAGAUCUUCAACAUAGCCGAGAUGAAGGAAAUAGAAGAAACAUAUUCAAGGACAGAUGAGUCACUACCUGAAUCAAGAGUUUCAUCUUCGACAUGUUCUCAAGAGUGCAGUCCUCAGGUCAUACUUCAGCCCAUUUCGGAGAACGAUCGUAUCCUAGGAAAAUCAUUGAAAGAUAAUUCUUUUCCAGGAUCGAUUCGAAGCUUCAAUGCACGGCUAUAUGAAGAUCUUUUCAGUUCAACAACCAUCCAGGGGAGAAGGAAGUCUUCUAUUUUUCCGUUUAUUGGAGUUGAAGGAGAGUCCCGGGAAUUUAGAUAUGAUCUUCUAUCCACUGCACAGAAAAUCGAGCUUAACAGGUUCUGUUGCAAUGCAUUUAGAAAAAGAACAACAAAUACACUUUUUGCUUGGAUGAAUUGCUUUCAAAAAAAGAGAAGGAUAGGACAUUGUCGGCAGAUCAAUCCAAUGGUCUUUGACGUCAUUGAGUCGCUAAAGAGAAGAGCAAUAUCCACCAAGUUUAUCUUUAGGUAUGAGCCAGACAAGCUAAGUGCUGCAAAAAUAGCAAGGCAGUUACAUGAAAACAAAUGCACAGACAUUGAAAGUAUAGAUGUUCUAGUGCUGGCAAAUGCUCUUAAAAACUAUAUAAGAGAGCAUCUGGAUGGUCUAGUUCCCAUAGAAGCUUUUGAGAGGAUUAGAUCCUGUAUCAUCUCAAAUGACCGGCAUGCAAGAGAAGCACUAUUUUCAUACAUGCCAUUUAUAUUUACCGAUACAGAAAGGAAAUUGCUUGUUUCACUCUUUGAACUUCUUAGCAUGAUUGACAGGAACUCUGGAGUGACAGAAAUGAACAUUGAUUCGUUGUUGGGAUUGUUCAGUCUGGUUCUGCAUCCCCAAGCGGCUUUUACAACACUAGACGAUUUAGAGUAUGUCAAAACCAUCACAAGAGAGUUAUACCGGCUGGAUUUCGAGACCAUACCGCAGGCUGUGGUUGUCCAUGAGCUUAUUUUUGUGUAG